GACUUUGCCGCGGCCAAGGGCCUCCUCAGCCCACGUAAAGCCUUGGUUCCAGUCCAGCCUCGCGAAAACCCCACCCAAUUAUCUAUCUGAUUUUUUCUUGUGAUAUCUUCACCGUAUUUUGUAUUAUCCAUCGCUGUCUUUGUUGUGUUCCAUUGCUAUCAUGAUCUGUACCAUAGAUGAUUAAUGUCGAUUAAUUGUUGUAGACCUUUGUGUUGGUGUAUGUGACUGAAUAAUACGCGUUGACGCGUUUUCCAAGUGUGGCUUUGGCAACAUUUUCUACGUCUUUCCCCUUCCCUGUAGCCUCCACAGUUGCGUUAGACUAAUUUCUCUCUCAUUCACUCACGUCGUGUUCUUCAAAUCAUUCAGCAUAAUGAACCCAUGGCUACUUUGGAGCGCGUUAUCGCAUACUGCUAGGUCUUCGAUUCGGUAUCAUUCAACACUACCUGAAGCAUCUGACAAUAGGCUUAAAUUCAGGUUAUCGACAGCCCUACAGAUCUUGCUCUUCUUGCCAUUGACGCUAGCAACGCUUUCAACGCAAGCCUUUCUCUUGCUUUCACUUCUGCUCUCGAUCCACUCUCUCAUUCAUGGAACUCUCAUAUUGCUCUGGGGAUCCAAUGCGCUCUCCAUCAUGCAGGUGCCAAUGCACCCAUUUCUCCUUCUCGUUACUUUCAAUGCUUUCUCGCAGUCUGCACAGCCUUGGCUUGCCACUGCAGUCUAUUGGUGGGGAAAACUCCUCACGUUUUGCGGCCCUUCCUACGUGGCCAUGGAGGGUCUGUCUAGUCUAUUGUUCGCGCAGAAAGCGGGCCAAAUAGGCAGGGGCAUUGCGGAUGAGGCAGAAAGUUACCAGUUUGUGAUUCUCAUCGUAACAGCAGCUGCAUUCGUUGCAGCUGCGUGGUGGGUCGUCAUCGCAUACCCCGCAGCUGCCGCAUCUCCUCUGUCGUCCACGUUGUUGGGUGUAGCAUUGACAGCAUUCCUGUUCCUCGUUCUCAUCGGUUUUCGGUUACGACGCACCAACGUUGUCGAGGCCUCUCUCCUCGCACUCUUCCUUGCAUAUAACGUGUGGCUCUGCGGGUUUGAUCAAACAUCGUUCUCGGACCCUGCUUCCUCCUAUGCCCCUCUGCUUUCAAAUAUCCUUCCGCAUUUACAGACACUUGUAAACUUCAUCACGAAUACCCUCCCUAAGCCUGUACUCGUUGCGCUACUCUAUCGUCUUUCAAUAUUGCAAGUUGCAUCACGUAUUUUACCUACGAUCGGUGCUGACAACUGGGAGUCGGACCAAGGAGAGAUUGAUGGACGACCGACCUCGAUUAUGACGCGCAUCCUUCUAACGUAUAGACAACUAAUCUUUGUCAUGGUAUACUCGCACCUUCUUCUUCUUGAUCCUUCUUCACAAGUCUGGUGGCGGUGGGCGAACAUCAUGUUUACUCUGUUCCUGUGGGCUGUGGAACUUGUGGUCAGCCCUGAUGGGGACGAUGAUUCGGCAAAGUGGAAGAUUGAUUAGUUCUGUUGUCCGAUGUCCGGAGAACCCUAUGCUG